AUUAUCAGUAAUGUUUCAAUUCGGUGAUACAGACUACAUAAAUUCUGCAUGAAACGCACCAGCCUCUACACGUGCACGCGCGCUAUUUGACUCGAUUUUAAAUUCGCUCGUGAGCAUUGCAUAGCCUACAGACAGAACGGCGAGCUUUCACAUUGGACUUGCGUCACUAAAAGCAGCUACGUAACAGAAAACUAUAGUUAGGGGGCUGGUCUUAAUUUUGUAACUGAGCUAUAUAAGAUGCAACGACUUGUGCCUGUUAUGUAUUUGGAACAUUUAAAGACAAAGCGGUAUCCCGUUGUCUUUAUAUUCUAAAAAAUUAUUGCAUGUGUUUUAUUCGAUUAUAGAGCUCUUUUAUUGUUGAGACAUCCUUCGCUUUAUUCAGCUGUAAACGUAUGAUGGGAGUCGGAAGUGAUAAUAAAACCGAGAGCACAUCUAGUAAGUUGACAUUGCAGCAGCUUGAGGAAAAAGAGGAGGUAGAGCUCGGCAACGCUGAAGCCAUGAGGCUGGCAAAGGAUGAUCAGCAGUCAGCGGAGCCAAGAGAAACGUGGGGUCGGCGUCUGGAGUUCGUGCUCGCCUCCAUCGGUUAUGCUGUGGGUUUGGGAAACGUGUGGCGCUUCCCGUACCUGUGCUACAGGAGCGGAGGAGGUGCUUUCUUGAUUCCCUACUUGAUCAUGUUGUUUCUCUGUGGUAUCCCACUGCUGUUCAUGGAGUUCACUGUUGGGCAGUACACCCGUCUGGGGCCGGUCCACUCUCUGGCUAAAAUAUGUCCCCUCUUCAAAGGUGUGGGGCUUGCCACGGUGGUGAUUUCAUACGUGCUCUGCACCUACUACAAUGUGCUCAUGACCUGGGCUCUCUACUACCUGCUUCACUCUUUCAGCCCCUCAUUGCCAUGGCAGUCCUGCAACAACACAUGGAAUGCAGUUGGCAACUGUUCCACUGGCUUUCCUGGCAAUGCCACACAUCUGAAAUCAGCCAGUCAACAGUUCUUUGAUCAUAAGGUUUUAGAAAUGACCACAGGGAUUGAGCAUGCUGGAGGGAUUCGUUGGGAACUCUUUGGCCUUCUAGUCCUGGCCUGGGCCAUUGUUUAUUUCUGUAUCUUUAAAGGAGUCAAAUCCACCGGAAAGGUUGUGUACUUUACUGCCACGUUCCCUUAUUUCAUACUGUUUGCAUUGCUGAUCAAUAAUGUCCAGUUGCCUGGAGCAAAAGAUGGCAUUCUCUUCUUUCUCAUGCCAAACUGGAGUAAACUCUUGGAAGUCCAGGUGUGGGUCAAUGCUGCUGCCCAGAUCUUUAACUCCAUCGGCAUCUCCUUCGGUUCUAUGAUAUCUAUGGCCAGUUACAACAAGUUCAACAACAACAUCCUCAGGGACACCUAUAUCGUCUCUCUGGCUAAUUCAGCCACUAGUAUUGUGGCCGGGUUUGUUAUUUUCUCUGCCAUUGGGUACAUGGCCCACAUUCACAACCUACCUGUAGAUGACAUUGCCACUGAUGGGCCGGGUCUGGUGUUUGUGGUGUAUCCUGAAGUGUUUUCCACUAUGCCAGUCUCUCAGCUCUGGGCUCCUCUGUUUUUCAUCAUGUUACUCUGCCUUGGAUUGGACAGUCAGUUUGCCAUGGUGGAAGUGGCUGUAACUUUCAUCGUGGACGGUUUUGGCAAGAAAGUUCUGGGGGUUUUUAAGAGGAAGGAGCUGAUUGUUCUGGCGGUGUGCAGUGUUGGAUUUCUGCUGGGGAUCCCUCACAUUACCAGUGGUGGGAUAUAUGUGUUUCAGCUGAUGGAUCACUACACAGCUGUGGUGUCUCUUAUGUUUCUGGCCUUCUUCGAGGUGCUCGCCGUCACACUCAUAUUUGGAGUGAGACGGCUCAGUGUAAUGCUGGAGAAAAUGCUGGGGAAGAAACCAAACCUCUUCUUCCGUGUCUGCUGGCAGUUCCUGUCACCCAUGCUUGUGCUGGUUAUUCUGAUCUCCAGUAUUGUUCAGUAUACUCCAGCUCGAUACGGGAAGUCCUACACAUACCCGCUGUGGGCAGAGGUGGUGGGCUGGUUCAUCUCUCUCGUCUCCAUCAUCUGGAUUCCACUGGGAGCUCUACAUGAGCUUUGGACCACAGAAGGGUCUCUGCUGCAGAGGUUGAAAAAGUCCAUAACCCCAACUGUUGAUCUGGAGUUUGUUUCGGAGAAACCAUCUGGCGAGUCCAUUGCACUUUUUGCUGCUGCUUAGACACCUGCAUGAGGGUUCUUGGUAUGUUUACUCAUUAGAAGUACAAAGUAGCUUUCCUUAAACUGUAAAAAAAGUAUCAUUUUAUGUUUUUAUUAGUAUUUAUAUUCCGUUUUUUGUCAUUUGAGAUUAAUGCCAAAAAGUGCAAACUUCAAAAAUAUCCAGAUUAUGGCAAUAAUGUUGAUGAAAAUCUUUUUUUUUUUUUUGAAUUACUUUUUUUCCAUGUAUUUUUUGAUUAUGUGACCAAAAACCAAAACUUAAUGUCAGAAAUUAGAGAUUUUAUUUAUAUUUUCUCCGUUAUUUCAUUAAUUAAUAAUUAAGCAUUGAGCUCAAACUUUGAUUGAAUAUAUCUUUUGAUACACUGUCCUGAAGGACUGAUCAAACAUUUAAAUACUUAGAAUUUUAGAAACCGCAUUCUUGAUUUUACAAAAAUAAAAUAAUUCAGAAUUCAGAAACUGAUGGCGCUGCACUGAUGCACAAAUGCCUUUCCAUGAAACUCUUCCACAAAGUUUUCAAAUGUCAGCAUCAAUUUGUUAUGGGUACAACACCAUUCACUCUCACAGGCUUUAGCACAGUCAGAUUCUACAGAUCACAGAAAAAGAAAGAAACAGGUGCCUUUGUGUUCACAGAGGAGCAAGCUUACAUGUAUUGAAGUCUACAGAUACAGCUGCUUAUGACUCAUGCAUGUUUUGCCCUCUACUUUGUAAACUUGAACUGUGGCACAUAUUUUAAAACACUUUGCCCAAGUGUACGGGAAAGAUGAGGAAAAGGCUAAAGGUUGUAAGUAAAAAUGUGUCUUUAUUAGUAAGCACUUGCUGACGUCACAGGUAAGGCCUAUUCAUUGACAGAGAUUGUACAAAAACUCAUGUUUACUAUUUUUUUGUUAUUCGUUUAAAUUUUCAAUUUAGAGUAAAAAGAAAAAAAAAUGGCCUUCAUAUCAAAAUGCAUAUUAAGAAAUAAAAUAAAUUACUAUGCACACUAUUGCAACAAAUAACAGCUAAAUCAUAAAUAGUAGGAUCCACUGAAGGACUGAUUAUAUUGUGUAAAUAUUUUUUAAAAUAUGCAUAUCGUUGUCAUAUAGUAUGCCAUCUUUUUUUUUCAAUACUACUGAAGGAAACUCAUGCAAAAAGUUGUUUGUCAUUAUAGACUGUCUAUGGAGAUUAAACGUUUUUAUAUAUUCAAAAUGAAGUUUUUUGUCAUGACUGACCGAUUUAAGUGCAAGUGUCUUACCAAAAUAAAAGACUUUGUCUUUGUCAGUUU